CUCAUUACAGGUAAUUAUUGCCAGAGGUGCUUAAACAGUGCUGGGUCAUUUCUGUUUGUAUGCCAUUGAAUAAAUUAAGAGUCAAAGCUAGUAAGAACCUAGUACUUAAAACAGCGAGAUGAAAGUCAUAUGUGCUGGAUUUCCAAAAACUGGUACCAAGUCGCUAGCAAGAGCCUUACGUUUGCUUGACUAUAAUGCAGUUUACGACUAUGAAGAAGCGAUUGAGUUCGCGUUCGAUGAUUGGGAGAAAAUAUGGAACAACCAAUCCACAGACGUAGAUUCUAUUCUGGAAAAGAUUUAUUCGAAAAAUGUGGAAGCCGUCGUAGAUAUGCCUCAUUCAUAUCACUUUGAAGAGUUUUUAAAGCGUUGGCCCUCGGCUAAGGUUAUUCUCAUGUUGCGUGAGGAAGACAGCUGGUUUACUAGCUUUAAGAACAUGUUGGAACAGGCCGAGCGAGAUCACAAGUUUUACAAGUUUCUUCAAUACAUUUGUCCAACCAGCAAACGGCUGACACGCUGGCAUGAAAAUAUGUUUCUUUCUACCUUCGGGUCAAUAAAACCAAAUCCAAAGAAAUGGAAAGCAGCAUAUAGACGCCAUGUUGCUUACGUUAAAUCAGUUGUCCCGAAAAACCAGUUGCUUAUUUACAACAUUAAGCAGGGCUGGGAUCCAAUUUGUGAAUUUUUGGAAAAGAAAAUUCCAGAUCAACCGUUUCCAGUUGAGAACAAAGCAGGUUCUAAAACCAGUAUUGCUGAACGUAUGAUCAACGAUUCUUCAGUUGUGAAACAAAUUGAACUUGAAGCAAAACUUUUCUUUGGUGCACUGUCGGUCGUAGUGGCAGCAAUUUCCAUUUACUUUUUUCUCUGAUCACAGAUAUAGGGGUUGCAUUGCAUUGUAUGCAAGUAAUAAUAGUGUGCUGAAAUGAUCAAUUGCCAAUGUUCUAAUAAUUGAUUAAAAUGAUUUAGCAUUAAUUGUAAGCGCAGGGGUUUUAAGUUAGUAUAAUAUACCGUUUUAAUAUA